AUGACCGGUCGGUCUCUAAAUGAGUGGGAUAAUAUUGCAAAUUCGCUAAUGGAAGAUGAAGCGGCCGAGGAUGAAGAACUCGACACGAUCGAAGCGUUGGAAGCAAAAAUGAGUAAAGUCCCCCGUGGUAUGUUUGUCAGCGGAUGGGACGACCCGGACGAUUUAAUUGAGGAGGACAAAGAUCCAAAAGCUACACUCGAACGACAUGUCCUAUGGGCCGCUGCUGAAAACAAAUUUGAGACCGUGGAAGCAAUCGUGAGCCGGAAACCUAGCGUUGUGCACGCGACUGACAGUGAUGGAUACACGGCUCUACAUAAGGCUUGUUACUGUAACAACCGCGAAAUGGCCCUGCUACUGCUGCGGUAUGGUGCCAAUCCGAAUGCACUUACUGACAUGGGCUGGACACCGUUGCAUUCGGCGUGCAAGUGGAACAACGCAUCCUGUGCAGCCUUGAUAUUGCAACACGGGGCUGACGUGAAUGCACGCUCAAACGGCGAUCAGACGCCCCUGCAUAUUGCCGUGACUGUGUCGAGUUGCCGGUCCACCCUGGUAACGCUGCUAAUGGAUGCACGUUGUGACUCGGAAUUCAGAAACAAUUCGGACGAAAUGGCUGUUCAGAUAGCGAAACGGAGCGGGGAAUGCUAUCCGCUGUUUACCAUGACCCAUCCUGCCUUUACAGUCGAAACUGGAAUGAUCGAUUAA